GCACCUCCCGUUUUUAUGGAAUAAAUAACGGGCUAACAAAUCACAUACCCGACAUGAGCUGAUAAUCGGACGAGAGCCCGUGGGUCGCCAUAUGGUUUAUCGGUCUUAUCCAGCGACUAACAUACCGGUCUUAUAGAAAAAUAUGUAAAUCCUGGCUACACAUGUCAAAAACCAUUCAUGCGUGCAACAGCUGACUGAAGCGUCCUUUUCCCAAGGCAACCAGUGCUAGAUGCAGUUUUGCAGUGAUUUUUCGUGUUAGGGUUUCUGUUUUAUUUUGAAUUUUAUGAACUGUUAGAAUUAAUGCUGGUGUUGUAAAUUAUUGAGUUGUCUAAAUAAAAUAUCUGCAUUCUGUUUGCGAGAUCUGGAGAAAGAGAAUCCACUGACAGUGACAGGCAGAUCUAGUGGCAAACUUUAUUUUGUUAUCCAGUUUUGUCUCCUGUCCUUGGAGAAUAUUGAAGUGCGGGUGCUGGAAAAUGAAACUUUGGGACUUCAGUAGAAUGAAAUAGUCAGUCUCACAAGCCUAUACAAUGAAGAUAACAAAGAAGAUUCUUCAAAAACGAGCAAAGCAAACGCUUGAAAGUGUCUUAUACUUGGACUUGUCAGGACUUGGUAUAGGUGCUAUUGAAGGAUUGAAAAAUUGUGGCAACUUACAAAUCCUUGAUUUAAGUUUCAACAAUAUUGAAGAAAUUGAAGGGAUAAAUUGUUGCCAGCAUCUAUGGAAUGUUAACUUUUCACAUAAUCAGAUCUGCAGUCUGACAGAACUUUCACAUUUCUAUGCAUUCGGUACUGUUGACCUAUCAUACAAUAACUUAUCAUGGAAAGAUCUUCUCCAAAUACAAGACAUCAUUAUCCUAGAUCUUCGUCUGCAUGGCAAUCAAAUCUUGGAGAAUGAUUCCUAUUAUCGCAUACAUGUUAUUGAUUGUUUACCAAAUAUAUGGAUGUUGGAUGGUAGAAUAAUAACAAGCGCAGAAAGACAACAAGUUCAACAUUUCUUCCAUGAUUCUGCAUUAUCAAGUCGACCUGUGAGAAGAAAAUUGUCAGAUCGACCUCAUACUUGCAUAACUCGACAAAGAAUUCAUGCGAACAAUAUCUUCGGUGUUCGCACUCCCUCACUUAUGUCAAAAUUUCCAAGGAAUGAAAUUCAGUCAACUGAUACUGACCUUCGUCGAUUAACAUUUUUAUGUGAGAAUGUUCAAAAUGAUAUUACAGUGCAACAACUAUCAGAUCAUUCUGAACUAAAAUAUGUUCUCCCUAAUUCUUGUCUACAAAAAAUGAUUGAUCAUAGACAAAAUGAUAGAGAAAGAUGUAACAUGUUACUUCUGUUGCUCGUUUCAUCUUUACAAUUCAAUAUUCCAUCAAACCUGUUGGAUGAAACAUUGAUAAUUGCAAAGUUAAAUCCAUAUGCUCGAAUUGAAACAAGUCAAUUAUUCUCACUGGAUAGGCGAUGGCGAAUUCAACUUGUUUCUCUACUUCUGAGUGCAAGCAAAUUAGACCGGGACAUGAAACUAGAGGUUUCUGGGGGAUUGUAUGACCGAUUGUAUUUGUGCUUAUAUUAUUUAGUAUCUGAUCUUGUCAGGUUGGAUUGGAAAAAGCAAUUCAAAAGGAAAUCGAGUAUGACAGACAAAUCGCAAAAACGUCAUAUUUACAUUUCAUCAUAUCACAGACCACAAACUGCACCAUUGCCAAGUAUGAGAGACACAUCACAUGCCAAACGUCUUGAUCAAUCGAGAGAAGAAAAUCGUUUAUUACUAGCUUCAGAAAUUGUUCUAUUAUUAAGUGUUGUACCUUCGUUUUAUAAAUAUGUUGAAUCAGAUCCUAAUCUGAGGGAUUUGUUGGAAAUCGCAACGAACAACAUAGAUGUUACGAAUCGAAUUAUCCUCAUUGCCAAAGAAACAAGAGAUCAGGGGGGUGAUAUGCAUCGAUUAUACAAAGAAAUAUCAGAAUGUAUCAUAAAUCAGAUUGAACAUGCUGCCUUAAGCAUCAGACACACACCAUUACAGCACACUUUAUUUUCACCACAAAAAAGUAACUACAUGCCAACCAAUGAAACUAGAUCAGAAUGGAAGAUCAUUCUAAACACAAGAAAUGCUUAUCCACGACGUCCAAAAUCAGCAGUUUUGACAUCUGGUGAACACUUGACUACCGGACGAAGGAGAACAUACGCUGACAUGCAAAGUGGAACUUCCAGUUCAUCUGGCCUUCAGCCAUCUGUAAGAAGUCUCUCAACUGGUCAAAAAGUGUCAUUAGGGAGCAACAUCCUCCUCGGACCUCAAAAUAUGGCUCGAGUGAUAGCAAUGCCGGAAUCACAUAUUGCUUUGGUACAAAUGAAUUCUAUACCAGCUGCAAAUGGAUCCAUUAUUGUUCAAAGUAAAAACGAAGAAGAUCAUUAUUGUUAUGUUGAUAUCACACACCUCGAACUUGAUUCACAUCUUGGUUGUUGGAAACCUUAUGGUACUGUUGGUGACAAAGUAACUUUGCAAGCAACUGAUAGCAAGAGAAAUAUUGCAAAUUUAUCACGAACACCUGAUGCUUUGAUAUUUGAUAAAGAAUAUAAUAAACAAGAUGGCGGACGAUCUAGACAAUUAUCAGGAAAAUCAAGCCCAGCAAAACAAGAAGUAGGGAGUCAGUCCAUCUCCGGAAACGAUGACGAAUACAACACAAUAGAAAUCCCACCUCGACCACUUAGUGCACUUUUUAAAGAAAAAAUGAACUUGAGACUGCCAGAUCAAUCCAGUGUUGUAUGGACAGACACUGACAGUCAUGUUGCCAAAGAAAAUCUUCUGACAGUCACGCCAAUGCCACAAAUAGUUACUCCCGAUGUUUCAAAAGAAAUAAUUAACGUCAGUGAUUUGGGAGACGGAGAUGUUGCUUUGGAAGGGCAACCUUCUUCUGGAGAGAUGAGUACAAAUUUGAAUAUUAUUGAAAAUGAAACAGAAAAUUUGUUGAAUGCCGCUGAGGAUAACAUAAAAUUGCAGAUGGUUGAAGACACUCCAAUUGAAAAUACUGUAGAACAAACUGAAAACCGGGAAGUAGAUGAAAAACAUAGCGAAAUUGAAAUCAACAUUGAAAAUACUGAAAUAAAUUCUGAUGAGAAUGAACCAGAAAUUCAAGCAUUAAUGGAUCCUAUACCAAAACAACCUGGAACUCGUAGAAAUCGUACCGCUGAAUUGAGACGAAGAGCAAUCAGUGCAAGACAACCUAAGCAUGCUAAAGUUGCAGACAGUUCAAGACCUCUUAGUGCAGUCAUUAGACCUCGAGAUUUGCUUGGUAAUUCAAUGAAGCAAAUGUACAGAGAUGAUUUUGGCAUGGAGAGACCAGACAGUGCAUCCUCGUUUCAAUUUGAACGCACAGAAGCUUGGAGAUCUUCUACUUCAUCAAACAUAGGAAUCGAAACAAAAUCACCAAGAUUACAAGCAAUGGGAUUCAUGUCUGUGCCGCAUAAUCGUGUUAAAUCGGCAAGUUUUCAAGUUAUACCAUUACGCCCAACACCACCGCAACGUCCAUCAUCUCCAUCAGUAAAUUCUAGUUCUACAAAGAGAAAGAAGCAAGAAACGCAGAUGACAGCAACAUCUAUAAAGGGUUCUCCGAUUAUAAAAAAUUCAGAAAAAGAUAAAGGCAUAAAAUUAGCAAGUGAAUGGCUGGCUGAUGGUAAAGAUUUACAUGAAGAAUAUAAAAAAUCUAGGGUUUAUAUGACACCACAUAUACCAGGAUAUCUAGAUGGAAUCAUUAAUCAAACACCGGCUCAGAAAAGAAUCAUCAGCUCAUCACUUCCUCUGACCUCCUCACUCAUUAUGAAACUUGAGAAGAUGUCUUCAGGACACUCUCACUCAUGCAAAAGAUCAACACCGGCGCCAAUCUCUCUGAAAGAAUAUUUACCUCCAGGCAUAGGGAUUCCUCAACCAAGCAACAAAGCUAAAUUUUCAACACUCGGUGAAGUUAAGCAGUUAUUCGGCAGAUAUCCAUCAAUACCAACAAGAAAAUCUCAAGAGAAAUAAAUUUGCCGAAAUGGAUUGAAAUAAUUUAGCUGCUUUCUGAUCAACUUUAUAUAUUCUAAUAACCUCAAAAUUAACUAUUUAAAAAAAAAAGAAUG